UUAAGCAUUCAGAAAAAACUGUAAAUGUUACCUAUUCCCAGGUAUGAUUACGUACCUUGGAUUUAUUUUAAAUGAUGUAAAAACGGCAAACCUUCGUUACGUUAAAAGGAUAUUGAUGACAAAGGCUGCACUUUUAAGAUUGACCAUGGUUUAGUUUUCGGUUCAAAUGGCUUUUUGAAUGGGUUCGCCACGGGCAGUUGGUUGUAGUUUUACGGUCCCUUAAUCACUCAAGUUUAUCACUGUUGGCUUGUGCCCAUUCGUAGCGAGCCCAUUUAAGAAUAGCGUAGAAAUCCAGACGCACCCUAGCGGCAGCAAAUGUAGUUCUAAUUCGGCUAAUUCAAGAAGUCGUUUGACCAGAAAACUAAACCAUCGUCAAUCUUAAGUGCAGCCUUUGUCAAUAUCCUUGUAACCUAACGUUUGCCUCGAGUAUUUACACAAAUGCAUUUGUACACAAGGCACACAAGGCGAGGGUUUUGCUUUAACGUCACACACGACUAGUAGCUUCUAGUGCUAGGCUAAGUCCACUAGUUGAGUAAGGCCACUUGCUAACGUUAACAUUCAUUUUCAAAUUAAACCAAAAGACUCGACUAGUUCUACUGUUCUAGAGUCUUGUAGUUUAACUUGAAGAUGGAAGCUAAUCUAACCAUAGACAGUAAAAUAAAUAUAACCAGGUAUCGAUACUUGGCAAACUUUAUUCUUACCUUAACGUUCAGUGGACUCAAUCAUAAACCCAGCCUCUGGAAAUGCGGUGGUCUUCUGCUCUUUUCAACAGAUGCGUGCCAGUUGGCGGGAGUACGAAACAGCGUAAAUGAAACAAGCUUUUUGUUUGUUGAGUGUUUGUACUUGAGAAGAUCGACUGGGAUAACUUAAUAAUGUAUGUAAAUGAAAAAACACACAAUUUUAUUGUAAUUUGAACAAAUGCAGAUUAAUUUCAAACAAUACAUUUUCAUGUAAAGAUACAAACUGAUUUUUUUAUUGUUAAUUUCACAGAUUUAAUUUAUGUUAUAUCUACACAUGCUCAGAAACACUUUUUCACUGUAAUAAGAAAAAGAAGAAGACUUCGGAUAACAGAACAGUGCAUUUUCAUGCACUGUAAUGAAAAAGAACUCAACGUAGGCUACUUGACAAAAGCAAUUGCUUUCCACUUGCUUUGACCACGGGCAUUAAUUAGGCUAGCCUACUCAGUGUGAUCUAAAGGUCUAAUUAGUAGACUAUGGCAUUACUGAUCUUUUUUUGCAUUUGAAAGCUCACUACAGUUUUACAAAUGGGAAAAGUGCUACCAUUUACAUAACAUUAGGCUACUGUCUUCUGUGUUUUUACUAUGCCCUGUAUUUGGUUGCCCAGCAAAAGUUAGAAGCAUGUCAGCAGACAGAAUUGAAUUAACUGAGCAGGGGAAUGUGACAGUGCGUGCGGCGCACGGUCGAAUGACGAGACUGUAAUAAGAGUCACAGGACGCGCUGGUCAUCAGAUAUUUCCUCCCACUUAUCGGAAUAGUUAACGAUGGAGAAAAUUAUUUUCCAUGAGAACCUUUCAUUAGGCUAUGUAAACUGAAAUCUCAGCCCAACUAAGCAACGUGAACACCGGAAGUGAUCCACUGGUGUAAACUACGGGAUUUGGAUUUGAGUGAUAGCAGAGCCCGUCUACGGACAUUCUCUGGUGAUAGCAACGCGCCUACCUCUGGCAAAGUCGCCGAGUGGACAGUCGACACACAGGCAGUUUCGACCAAUGACUUGGUUUUCGGUCUGCAGUUUUCAGAUGGCUACCGCGACAUGAUGGGGUUUAACCAGAAAAGGAUGGGAUGAUACAUUUUUAAAAACAACGCAGCGGGAGGUUUUGUUUUUCGUCUCUCAGAUAAUAACAAGAUGGACUAUCGACGAAAGAAGAAACUCACAUAUUUUACAAUAGGAUUAAUCUUCCUUUUCAGUGGAAUUGAAUACGCGGUGAUCUUGCCCACCAUAUGGAGGUACCUGCAGACUCUGGGCGCAGCUCCCUACUUCCUGGGUCUCGGCCUGUCCGCCUUCAGCCUCAGCGGCCUUCUCUCCGGACCGCUCUUUGGCCUGUGGUCCGACCGCACGCGCACCACCAAGAAGAUCAUUCUCAUUGCCAACCUCUUUGAGAUUGUUGGCAACUUCAUGUACUUCAUGGGUUAUUCCAAAUGGCUGUUGCUGGCUAGUCGACUGACCGCAGGCAUUGGCACUGGUGCCGGCUCGUCUAUCUUCGGCUUCCUGACGCGCAGCACGGCUCCAGAGGACCGGUCCACCGUGUUCGCCGCAGUCAUGGCCUGCCGGCAGGCUGGGCUGCUCAUCGGUCCAGCCUUCAACCUCUUCCUGCGGCUCUUUGACUUCCAGCUGGGUCCGUUUGUGGUCAAUAAGUACACUUCACCAGGGCUCUUCAUGUGCUUCAUGUGGAUCCUGCUCCAAGUGGCCGUGAUGCUGAUGUACUGGGACAUCCCACCGCAGGAGGAGUCCAGCCCCAGGGAGGCGAGGGCCGUGGUGGUGGAGGGGGGCGAGGAGGAGAGCGAGGGCGAGGAGGGGAAGCCGCUGGUGGCCCACGAAUCUCUGGGCUCCUACGGAACCGUGCCCACAGAGCACAUCACACCGGUGGCCAACGGAACGGUUCCUCACGGCCCGCGGCCGGACUCACCUGAACUGGAACCAGAGCCGGCCGGUGGCAGCCCACUGAAGGCCCUGAGCGCCAGCAGAGAGUUCCUGAAGGAGGAGGUGGUGGUGUUGCUGACCGCUCAGUUCAUCACACUGUUCAAUCAGACUGCGCUUGAGACGAUGGUGACUCCGUUGACCCAGAAGUACUUUAACUUUGGCGAGCUGGAGAACAGCAUCAUGUACUGCGUGUGCGGCGUGGAGGUCAUCCUGGGCUUCUUCUUCGUCCGCUGGCUCAGCAAGAGGGCGGAGGAACGGGUGGUGCUGGCCGUGGGGCUCAUCAUCUGCAACAUCUCCUGCGUCUGGUGCCUCAUCUUCCUGGCCAACCCAGCAGGAAGCCUCCCCUGGCAGCUGGCGGAGUUCAUAGUUGGAGUGUUCCUGCAGGUGCUUGGGCUUCCCUUCGUGGCUGUGGCCCAGGUCUCCCUCUUCUCUAAGGUCACUGCUGAGAAGACACAAGGGUUCAGCCAGGGGGUGCGGCGCUCUGUGGGAGGCCUGGCCACCAUCCUGGGCCCUCUUUGGGCAGGAGGGCUGACCAACAACUUGUACGUGAUGCUGGGCGUGAUGAUGGCCCUGCUGGUCUUGCUCACAAUCAUGAUGUUUAUCUCCUAUGAGAAGCUGGUGGAGCCCCCUGUUGUUGAGCACGCAGACAGCUACGAGGACUGAGCCACUUGCAGAGAACACAGGAAGUGAGUUGAGAACACAGGAAGUUGUGAGUCUGAGGUCUGUCUGGCUAUAUGGCCAGCAUGUGACGGGCUUCAUGGGAUGUGUUCUGGUAUGUUGACCCAAUUGGACCUCUCACACCUCAUCACCUGUACCUUACAGAGUCAUCCCAGAGGACUUGGCCCCAUACACACACACACACACACACAGGUCCAGAACACACUGACCCCAUGGCUGGGUCUCUGUUAUGUUUCCUGUGGAAAUAAAUUGGGGUGGCGAGCCAACAAAAGAAAACUCCCAAAGUGUGCCGUCAGUAGAAGCUGGGAGACAGUUAUUCAGGCAUUGAUGUUAGCUGGUCACUGAAUGUAAUGAUCUAUGGAUCCAGGGAAAUGCAACAGUCCUUGAGUGGCUGUUUUAAACAUGCAGUACCCCUUGUGGACACAAGAGGGUGCUGACGUCCUUCGUAGAGGCUGUAGGUGACCACCUUUUCUGACCUUUUCUCUGCUGUCUGCCGCUGCUCAUCACCUGUCUUCCUGUGUUUCAUCAAAGACUGCUGGCUGCUGGCUCUGUUUUGUUUUGUUUAAUUGUUUUAACUCACUGCUUAUUAUUUCAAUGUGUCAAAAUAACAGAUUUGACUAUAUAGUUAUAGUUGAAUUGGGAAAUAUUCUGAGUAAGCAAUUUCUGUUGCUUGUUUUUAACAAUACUGGAAUUACAUUUUUUGCUUAAGAGCUUAACCAAUUGUUAAAUGUUUUGGAAUAUUUAUUUAUUUAUUUAAAACUCAGUGAGCAACUUAGCAACUGUACAAUAGUCAGUGAAAAAUGUUGUUUGUUCUAAAAAGCAAUAUAUUAAAAACAUAUGAAAACAUGUUCUUAUCUUAUAAAAUGAAGCACACAUUAUUAGUGAUCCUCCAAUUCUCAUUUUUAUCUGCACUCACAAACAAGGUCAUUAUUUUCUUGAUGCAUUCUCUCUAAUAUAUUAUAUUUUAUUUGAAAAAGACAAAACAUUUUUGUUGAGGUGGAUUUAAAGUGUGAAACAUUUAUAAACUUUGAUUCACUAUACAGUAGGUGUAAAAAUGCUUCACUAGAGGUUUUUAUGCUGCUGGUUAGCCUUGAAGCUUUGGAGCUUAGAAAGAAUCCUGCACACUGACCAUUCC